AUGUGGAUAAUGGUGCAAUGUGUGAUUGGAAUUAAAAAAGUGAUAUCAACCUCAUUCACUUAAACCACACCAUUCAUUGAUCAUGAAGGUAGAACAUUAAAAUAUUUCAAGGUUGGAAAAUAUCGAAUACUUAAAAUAUAGGUUAUUCAUAAUGUGGAGGUGUCUAAUUGUUUGGUGGUUAUUAAAUAUUUGAUUUAUCAACUGGAAUUGUUAAAUUGUUUAAUCUCCCACCUCAUUACAAAUUAUAUCUAUCUUUUGUAGUUUAUAUGUAUAAAUUUAUUCAAAUAAAUUUAGAAUUGAUAUGACAUCUUCAUAAGCUAUAAAUAUUUAAGUGGAUUAAGCAUCUACUUAAACUAUUAUACCUAUGUCAUCAACUAAUUUAUGUGGAUCAUACUAAGCGGAUUAAACUUACAAUAUCGUUAUAAAUUAAUUUCAUUCUUAUCCAACAGCAAUUAUUUCAAUAUUCAGUUCAAUUGAUUCUUCAAAUGUAAAUUAAAUUUAGAGAGUAGGUUUACUGGGGAAUACGUGAUUUUGAAUUAUCAGUAGAUACUUGUCCAUAUGGUUGUUAAAUUUGUUUUUAAGAAUCCUAAGUUUUUGAAUGUUUUUAAUGGAAACUCUUUCACUCAAGUUGGAAUAUUUAAGAUAUAAAUGAUUUUGAUAAUAAUGGAUGGUUGGCAACAUCAGUUACAGGUCCAACAGAAUGUGCUUCAAUUCCAAUUUAUGGAGGUUACAAUAGUAUGACAGUAGGAGGAUAAUUAUAAAGAACAUUUCAAUUACCACCUCAUUCAAAUUUAUUCUUUAUAUUUAGAUUUGUGAAAAUAGAUAAUUGGUCUGGAGAAUUUGGUAAUUUUAGAAUAGAGAAUUAAGAUUUUAAAGUUCUUUAUAAUGGGGUUGGAACAUAAAAGAAUUUUUGUGGAAAUAGCAUGUAUCCUGAUUAAUUUCAUAUACAUGGAAUAGAAUUUGUUCAUGAUGCACCUACUAUUACAAUCCUAAUUGCUAGUGAAUAGUAUAAUUCAGAUAGAUUUUAUGGAAUAAGAGAUUUUUAUAUUUAUGGAUGUAAAUAGAUUAUAUUAUAUAAUUUAGAUACAUUUCCUUCAUAUUGUGGUGAUGGUAUAAUUGAUGAUAAUGAAUAAUGUGACGAUGGAAAUAUAUAUGCAUUUGAUGGUUGUUUUAAUUGUUAAUAUUCAUGUAUUGAAGGUUGUUCAACAUGUUUAAAUGAGAUAUGUUUGAAUUGCUAAGAUGGAUGGAUAUUUGAUAUUUUUAAUGAUUAAUGCAUAUAUUAAUAGUUUAAUAAUUUAGAAUAAUAGAUAAUGAUUUAGUAAGAUCAAUAAAAGGUUAAUAUUAAUAAUUAAUUAAUAAAUUGUAUUUAAUUUAAUUAAGAGGCUGAAUGUAUAUAAUGUAAAAUAGGAUAUGAAUUAUUUGAAGAUUGUUAAACAAUAUGUGGAGAUGGAAUAGUUUCAGGUAAUGAAUAAUGUGAAAUUCCUUAAAAAAAUUGCAAUAGUUCUUGUUAAUAUUAAUGUUAAGAAGAAUGUAUAUAAUGUAAUUUUGGUUAAUGCUAAUUAUGCAGAGAUGGUUAUGUUUUAUAAAUGUAUGAAUGCAUACCAAAAUGUGGAGAUUAUCAAGUUGAGAGACAAGAAUAAUGUGAUGAUGGGAAUAUGAUCAGAUUUGAUGGAUGCAAUAAUUGUAAUAAUGAAUGUUAAGAUUCAUGUAUACUUUGUGAAUUUGGAUAAUGCAUAAUGUGUAAAUAAGGUUGGAUAUUAGAGAAUGGAUAUUGUAUAUCUAAAUGUGGAGAUAAUAUGAUUGCAUUAGGUUUAGAGGAAUGUGAUGAUGGUAAUGAUAUUUAAUUUGAUGGUUGUUAUAAUUGUAAAUUAGAAUGUCCUGAUUAAGGAUGUUCAGUCUGUUUUUUAGGUGUUUGUUAUAAUUGUAAUUAUCCUCUAACUUUGUAUAAAGAUUAAUGUUUAGUAAUUUGUGGAGAUGGAUUAUUAGCAUAUGGAUAUGAAGAUUGUGAUGAUGGUAAUGAUAUUCCAUAUGAUGGAUGUUAUAAAUGUAAAUACUAAUGUUAUAAGGAAUGUAAAAUAUGUGAUAAAGGUAUAUGUAUGGAUGAAUGUGAUUAUGGAUAUUAUUUAAUAAAUUAGAUAUGUGUAUCAUAAUGUGGAGAUGGUAUUCUUACAUAUGAUGAAUAAUGUGAUGAUGGUAAUUCUAUUGAAUAUGAUGGUUGUCAUUUAUGUAAUUAUUCAUGUCCAUAAAAUUGUCAAAUUUGUGAAGAAGGUAUAUGUUACAAAUGCAAUUUUGGAUAUUAUAUAGAUAAUUAAUAAUGUAUUACUAAAUGUGGAGAUGGAUUGAUUGGAUUUCCUGAAGAAGAAUGUGAUGAUUUUAAUAAAAAUAAUUUAGAUGGAUGUAAUUCAAAUUGUCUAAUAGAAAAUGAUUGGAUAUGUACAUAACCUUCUGAAGACUCUUUUAGUCAAUGUUCAUAUAUUGUUGCUCCAAUAAUGAAACUUACCUUUGUUACUUAAGAGUAUAAUUAUCAAUAUGUUUAAUUAAGUUUUAAUUAGAAUGUUAAAUGUAAUGUAUAGAAUUAUACAUCAUACAUUAAUGCUACAAUUUUAAAUUUGA